AUGCGUCAGAACAGUGAACAGCAGCAACAGGACCAAGACACGUUGCCCACGACGUCCCUGAGCUCGUCCCUGGGUAGCAUCGAUGAUGGUGGUACAGACGAAAUGAGAAAGGAAGGCAGAAUACCCGUGUCAACAAUCUACACGACUAAUGGUCCAGCAUGGUCUUUGCCCAGGGAUAAACGUACCAGGAAACGUCGCUACAAGUUCAUUGGAGGUAUCUUUGCUGUCUCAUUGUCAGCAGCAGUUCUGUUGGACUGGGCCAGAUGCCGUCAUAUCCAAGGGUCAUGUGAUAAGGCCAUAUUGCUACCAUGGAUCAGCCAACUAUACCCAAAGACCAAACAACAAUCGAGGGCAAUACUCGACUUUCUGGACAUCUUCUGGCUGACCACCAAUACAUCAUCCUCAAUAGACCAAGCUAUGGCACACAAUCAUCCGACAACUACCAAGAUGCAGCAAAGAACAAAUAAUCAUCUCCAACAUAGCAGCAGCAUACCGAGACACUUGCUGGGAAGCACUGGUAGUGGAGAUUCAACAGCUUCUCAUUACCCACAGCUAGUGGUAGCUGGAAAGAUGACAGUGGAAGAUGGACCUUGUAACAUUGCACAAUACAACCUCAAAAGUCAAGAAUGGAGCUUAACUCAGCGAAUCCAACUCAGUCUAUACAACUCGUAUUCGGGUGGAGAGGUUUACUCGCUUCUUGCCAACCACACAUUUCUACCCUUUGCCGAUUCGGAAGAAGAAGAUGACGAUACCUCGAAACGAAGACCAUCGUCGUCAAGCAGUACUAGUCGACAAUUUGAAGGAUCUGGAGAACUUAUCGUAGUGGGAGCAUUUGACACCACCUACAGGAACAGUCAAGUGACGUAUUGUUCCGUAGGAGAAUGGAAUGGCAAACAACUAUCCAAGGUUGGAGAAGGUUUGUGCAACUCGGCACUGUCCAAAGGAAUGAAAAUCACAACUUCGGCAUUGGCCGGCCCUUACGAUGUUUUUGUAGCAGGGUCCUUUCAGACCCAAGUAUGGAACGGAGAUCGGCAUGAAUUUGUCAAGAUAUUCAAUAUCGCACACUUCAAUGCCUUGGACCAGGUAUGGUUGCCGUUAAAGGUGGGACAAAUCACUUGUUCAUGGUGUACAGUCACCGUCCUGGCUUUAGCAUGGGACUCGAAAAGGAGACAGCUACACGUUGCAGGAAAGUUUAAUGCCAUUGAUGGCAGAAAUGUCCCUGCUGGACUUGCAAUAUACGAUGUGGAUUCGGGGCAUCUCGUGGCUCAUCCUGGUGGCGGGCUAACAAUGAAGAACCAAACUCAAGACGGUGUAGGUACAGCCUUGCAACUAGAUGAGGAACGAGGUGUUCUCUACGUGAUGGGUUCCUUUGAAAGGCUCACUGCCACAGGUCGUGUUUGCCUCGGAUUGGCCGCAUUUGAAAUUAAGACGAACAGAUGGACUUGCCUCGCAGAUUCGGCACAUACGGUGCUUCCCACCGGGGGUGGCAACAUGCUAUUGACGCAACAUGGCCUGAUGGUGGCGGGCCAGACUGCAACUUCUACAACAUGGCCGGAUGCAUCAAGGCCAUACACAAUUGCUCUCCUUAAAGCUACAUUGAAAACAGAAGAGAAAAGGACCAAGAAAAAAGUUGGCGCUGGCGACGACGACAGCUAUGUCAUCGAAGAGGAACACACACAGUACCAUGACUUUAAUUGGUCCUGGCUGCCCGGCUUUUCUGGCCAUGAUGAACCGCUUCAUGCGCUCUCGAACGGGUUUGCAGACUACGAAGGGACUGUAUUCAUCGCAGGUGACAACCUAGUCGCAAAAUGGUCUUAUCAGCUGAGCCGCGGCAGCGAUUCCGAUGGGAGAUUCAAUACGAGAAUGGCGGCAGCGACAACAAGCUCACAAUCAAGUUAUGUUCCGGUCACGGAAGUGCUCUCCGGGGGACAUAUUCGAGGAUCCAUCAUGGCGAUAUCUCAGAUGAUGCCUGAGCCACUGGCAGGAGACGAAGACGGCACGGAAUCGGGGAAACUCUCAACCAAUGUUUCAAUCAUUGUGUACGGCGUUGCCGUCGGCUGCGUUAUUGGUAUGUUUCUAGCCAUCCUUUGCAAUCGCAACCGAGUUUUCCCUUUCUUGGGCAAGAACUCUCAUUUGAAGGGAAUCUCGUUGGACAUGUUGACGUACAGUGCCCUGGAGAACUCAAACAUCACCGACGCAUACCAGAGAGCAAUGAAGGUCCGAUAUGUCCAACAUCCUCACUUGCUUACAAUAAUUGACCCACAGGAGAUCUUCCUGCAAAGAAUCAUAGGAGAGGGUACCUUCGGGAGAGUUUGGAGUGCCCGAUGGAGCACAGCCAGUGUUGCAGUAAAAGAGUUCGUUUUUGCCCAAGCGGCUGUGGCUGGGAAAUCAUCGAUGCAACAGGAAAUUGUUGAGGAGAUUAUUGGUGAAGCAGGAAUGAUGGCCAUCCUGCGGCACCCCAACGUUCUCCAGCUGUUUGGUUGUUCGCUGACAGCACAAGCUAUAUGGAUUGUCAGUGAGCUCUGUUCUCUCGGCAGCUUACGGCAAGUUCUGGACGACAACGACAGAGUGCUGCCAGUCGAACUUCGGCUCAACCUUGCCCUUCAGGUGGCUGAGGGAAUGGCGUACCUCCACAAUCAGGACCCGCCGAUCAUUCACCGCGAUUUAAAAAGCCACAACAUUUUUGUGCACGAAACAUUCACCGAUACUCCGACCGAUGCUCCAAGAAAACGAGACAGGAGCUGGAGGAAGAAAGGUGGCGAAGAUGACGACAACAAGCAGCAGCAGCAGGGAAGAGGUGAUGCUGGAGAACGGACAAGCCUAGUUGCGAAGCCAGAGACGAUGAAGACCAAGUUUACUCUCGUUGCCAAAAUUGGUGAUUGGGGUUCCGCUCGUGCCACUCUUUCAGGCUCGAGAACAAUGACGCAUGGCGUUGGUACUGCCUGUUGGCUGGCGCCUGAAGUUAUUAAGCAUGCCAGAUCAUCGAAAUACAGCGAUGUGUAUGGAUAUGGUAUUGUCCUCUGGGAGCUGGCGACCAGGGAAGAAGUAUACCAGGGCCUGGAAACAACGCAGAUCAUUGCCAAAGUAGCAAACGAGAGCCUGCGACCCCCAGUCCCACAGGAUUGUCCCUGGAAGGAACUCAUGGUCAAGUGCUGGGAAGAGAACCCUCUCGAUCGCCUUGAGUUUACCGAGAUUGUGCAACAACUGGGCGACGUUGCAAAAUGGCUUGCGGAGUGCAACGAGGAGCGCAGCAAGGAUGGAAGCAAGGAUGGCUCCGACAAAACUGACGAGAAGGUUGACAAAGACAGGCCUACGGGCAGUUCAACAACUAUACUAACUGGAGGGACGAACGACAGCAAUAUCUAA